CCAAGCCCUAACCCGCGCGGCUCGAGACUCGCUGCCAAGCCAGCUUCCGCCCACGACGCCGCCGCCGCCGACCGGUCCGGCGAAUCCCCCGCUCUCCCGACUCGCGAGGGCUCUCUCUCUCUCCGGUUCGUACUCCCUCCCCACCCCUCUCCCGCUUCCCUCUCCCACAACACCGCUCGCGUCGAGUGACAUGCUCACCGGGUGUUCGGCGUAAUGCCUCUCCCAGACCAAGAAGCAGCUGCAGGCGGGGACGGCGGCGCGAUGGCGAGCGGCGACGGCGCGAACGGCGGUGGCGGUGGCGGGCAGGGGAAGCUCCCGCGGAAGCGGUUCUACCGGGCGCGCGCGCACAGCAACCCGCUCAGCGACUCGCACUUCCCGAUCCCGAUAUCGCCCGACGAGGUAGACCUCUCGCAGCACUACCCGCGGUACUUCCCCUCCGGCGAGGGCGAGGCCCGCCAGGGCGACGCGGCGGUGCCACGGAUCCGCUUCGCGGACGUUGGGUGUGGGUUCGGCGGGCUGCUCGUCGGCCUCUCUACGCUCUUCCCGGACACCCUCAUGAUCGGCAUGGAGCUCAGGGACAAGGUGACUGAGUAUGUCAAAGAGCGGAUUUUGGCUUUAAGAGCAUCGAAUCCGGGAAAGUACGACAACAUAUCUGUCGUGCGCACCAAUUCGAUGAAAUACAUUCCAAACUAUUUCAGGAAGGCUCAGCUUUCGAAAAUGUUCUUCCUGUUCCCUGAUCCUCACUUCAAGGAGAAGAACCACCGGCGGAGGGUGAUCAGCAUGCAGCUGCUAGAUGAGUAUGCUUAUGUGAUGGAAGUGGGAGGAAUCAUAUAUACAAUCACAGAUGUGGAGGAGCUCGGAGAAUGGAUGCGGUCAUGCCUGGAGAAACACCCGCUGUUCGAAGCUAUCCCAGAGGAAGAGACAAAAGCAGACCCAGUUGUCAAGCUACUGUCUACCGCCACUGAAGAAGGUCAGAAGGUUGCAAGAAAUGGAGGUCAGACUUUCCAGGCCAUCUUUAGACGCAUCUCCUUGCAAGAGUAGGCAACUCUUGAAUUUACUAGCCUGCAGUGCCAUUGCACCUAUUGUAUGGAUUUUGUGUCAUCUCUACAAAUUUAUGUUGCAUGAAUUUUGCUGUUUAAGGUGUACUAGUUACUCAUACCAUAGUAAUGAUGUGUGAAAUGUUUGUCUACCUUACAUGCUCUGUUUGGAAGUUUGCAGUGA